AUGAUUCAAAGCGGGGCUGAAAAUCAAAACGGGGAUAAUACCAAGUUUACAAAUAAGCCACAUCUGUCUUCAUCAACGAAAGCCUCACGAAAAUUUUAUUUUAUCAGCGUGAAUUCAGGUAACCUGUUAGAAGAGAUGUUGAAUAAAUCCACGACACAUGGUUGCUCAGCGUCUGUAGCCCCGUUCAGUAUAUCGAUCAUGGAAAGUAACACCGAUGGAGAUAUUGAUGAGAGACUUAAAAAAGGAUAA